UCUUGGCUUUGAGAAAAGCAAAAGGAAAACUGUACAUCUAUACGUGUUACGUCAAUAAAUUUGUGUGUUUGUAAUAAAUAAACUAAAUAAUUAGCCCGCAUAUCUUCGCCAAUAGCUUCCCUAUGUUUAGGUAAUACCGUGUUAAAAUGAACAAAGAUGACUUUGAUUUGCUGCAUCAGUUUAAGCGAGAACACAUCAGCAAUUCCUCUUUAGAUUUAUUCAGUGGAUUAGCAGACAGGUGUUUCGGCUUUGUUAGGAAAAAUGUUAGGUCGAAGGAAAGCAUCGAACUUUUCGCCGAGGAGGAGUUCAUCAGGAAGAAGGAUUUCAGCGAAAUGCGUUGUGAAAUGCCUGGCAUACCCAGAAGCACCUUCCUGAUGGUAUUCAGCCCUGAUGGGUCACGUGUAGCUUCUACUCACGGCAAUCACAACAUCUAUAUAACGGACUUACGUAAUGGCAAAAACAUCAAAACACUUGUUGGACAUCCUAGGACCCCAUGGUGCAUUGCUUUCCAUCCCACAUCAGACCAAAUCGUGGCCUCUGGUUGUCUGGGUGGCCAGGUUCGAAUAUGGGAUCUGAGUGGGGGUAGUGAGGUUUGGACAGCUGUCAAUCAAACAGUCAUAGCUUCUUUGGCUUUUCAUCCUAAUGACAGAGUACUGGCAAUAGCUACAUACAAUUGUGUCUACUUUUGGGACUGGAGCAAGCCUGAACCGUUUGUUAGUGCUGCUACAUACAAUGUCAAAGAAAAGGUUCGGUAUGUAUCUUUUGACUCUUUGGGUCACAAGUUGAUUACUGGGAUAGCAAAUAGUCCCACGACAAGAUGGGAGAGAGUUAGAGCCCCAGUACCCGUCCCAAGACAGGAAUGGUGCGCUAGUCCUUACAGAAGAAGGAUAACACAAAGACUUGCUAGUGGUAAUCAAAACCAAUUUCAGCCUUCUACUACUGAAAAUACCGCUAGCCCCCCUAGGGAUACAUUGCUUAGCUUCCCUGAACGGGAAAGAAGGAUCUCUAUGUGUUACAGGACGUUGGUUAGGGAAUAUGAACAGUUGGUUCAUAGAUAUUUACAACUAUAUAGAUCUCCAACGAUGAUCGAUCGUGGUACCGAUCCGAUGGAACCGGACCUUUGGUUCAACAACAGUGGUACCCAAACGUCGGAACCGCAAGCCGGUUCCAGCGGCGGUGGUACCCCAACACCGGCACCUACAAAAAGUGCGGCCGAAUCAGUUUUGGAUGAAACCUUACCCAGUACGUCGGGUUCUCAAAGAGCGGGAUCCGUGGAGGAAACAACCACUCAAGAACCGACGCCCAGCACCUCGUCUCAAUCGCCAUCAAAAUCCGCCUACAACCUUCUCACCCCCAGCCGAAUCUUCUCGGUGAUCAAAAAAACCAAAACCCUUAUUCGCGGCACCCAAACUCCGGAAUCCCGCAAACACAAAACCGACGAUGCCGAGGAACCCAAAGAGAAACGUUUCAAAAAAUCCAACGGCUCCAAAACCAAAUCGUCCAAGAAGUCCAACAAGGACGGCCGCACAAAUUCCACGCAAACCGAUCAGAACCAGAAUCAAAAUCAACAAGCGACGCCUAGGAAAGUAAUGAGUUUGAACGCUCAGAAAGCUCCGCACAGCGAUACCAGCAGUAGUUCGUCGGAGUUCCGCGUUAGAUCGCAUGAUGAAGCUACUACUAUGAACGCACCGGGUCCCAGCGGUUUGCAGAGGCAGGAAAGCACCGAUACCGCCGAGUCUGGAGGGUUGCGUAGACAGGAAAGUACCGAAACCGAAGAAGAAAUGAGCGCAGGACCCAGUACUUCUAGUACCGGUAGAAGAGACGCGAAUUCCAAUCAGGCUAACGUCGAUGAAUUGCUGUCAAACAUCAAAAGAACAGCCGAAGAAGAGGUCCGGAAUCGGAUAUUACCGAUCAUCAGAUCUUUACCGGCUACCGAUAGACCAGAGCUGAUCAGAUUGUUCGAAAACAGCCGAGAACACGUCCGGAUGCGCUUCCGUCAAAUGUACCCGAGUUUCAUGCGCAAAACCAACCGCCGUCAUCUCAACUUGGCCGAUACCACUUCGGACAGCAGCAGUUCCGAAGAAGACGCGAACGCCAACAACCAAUCGUUUCGGCACAACUCGAACGGCUCGCCCUCCGGCGGACAACUCGCCAACCAGCCAGCCGCGAACGCUUGCAGCGAACUCGAGCGAUUGGUCACGCUUUUGACCGACAUCGACGAAGAGGGAACCGAUAGGGGGGCACAAACUUCUCAAACUAAUCGAGAUAGAGAUACGGGCGAAAGUAUCGAGAGUAGCAAUCCUACUGUCGACAUUCCCGAUUCUACCAGUCAGGAAACGACGGUACCGACGCGCAGGACCCUGCUGGACGACUGGUCGCAGGAUUACUUGAACCAGUCGGCGUCGCCGUCGCCCAGGGAUUCGAACUUUCAACCGCCCGCAACGGUGGCGAAUACGCACACCAGGACGACCAAUUCGACGAUUUAUACGUCGAAUACGACGGCGCCUAGGCGACGGUGGUUUUCGCACAGGAUUUCGGCUUUCAUGCCGACCAGGGUGAAUUAUAUCAGGCACAGAAGGAUGCCGCAUUAUCUGUGGGGGCGCAGCAGAUUGAACACUAGACCUUACGGCAAUUCCACAUUCGGCGUCGACGAACUGUUCAACUAUUCUGAAUUGGACAAUUCCGAAGACGACCCGCCGCCGCCACCACCCCCACCAGACGCUGACCACCCUGAAGUUCCGACUACAUCGACUUCCGAGUCCUCCAUCAGCGAUAUGUACACGAAUAUCGUUCGGGAAUUGGAAUCCAGUCUAGAAAACGUGAUGAGAAUGAGGGUCAGCACCAGGCCGGGAGAAACGUCCAAUAUGCUGAGUAGCUUUUCCGAGCGUUUAGAAAGCAUUUUGAGCCAAUCGGAUGCUAUUUUGAGGAAUCUGUCGAAUUCUAUGGAUGUUUUGUCAUCUAAUACGCCUCCAAUGAGAUCUAGCACGCCGGAGCCCUCGACCAGUUCCUCUUGGAACGUAUUCGACAGAUCUCCAUACUUUGAUCUUAGAGACCAAAGAUCCGACAACCCGACUCUAUCUCCCUAUAACACUCAACCGGACAUAAUCAAUCUAGGUGAUCUGUUCGACUUCGGCCAGCGGCCUUCUUACAAUGCCGUAGCUUCUGACCACACAUACCCCAGGAACCCGGAAGACGCUCAUCACUUGCCACCUAUAAGCGAAGCCGGCACUCCCAUGGUUGCUACCAUACACUUGACGAUCAUGCACAUACAGAGACAGGCCAGGUUGCUUAGGCAACAGGUGGAGAACAUCGAACGCAUCGAUCGCGCCAUGUUAGAAGUGGAACAACUGCAACUGACCCGCCGGCUGAUCGUCGAACUGAUACGUCACGUUAGCGAUUUGGACAGUAACGCCCCCGGCAACGAAGGUUCCUCGAGGACGUCGGUAGCCGGGGUGACGAGCGUGCGCCAGAUGAUGGCCGGCACGCGAAUCAGCGAUUCGAGUCCGCACGAAUCGGGCACCGAGGACGGUACGCCGGGGCGAUCGUCGAGUUGGAAUUACAACCGGGAGGGAUCGGGAAGCGGCGAAAACGGCGGAGGGGACGCGCCUUCGAGGAGCGAUAACGCUAGGAGCGGCGAAGGGACGAGUAGCGGUCAGGCGACGCAGGGUAGGUCGAGGACUGGUGGAAGGAAGACUUAUCCGCCGUCUAGGAUGUGCCGCCUGGCAAGACAGUGCCGCAGACCGUCGGUACUGCGUUUUUUCCUUCGGCCGUACUCCAACCGCGCCGACAGACCGACAAGGCACACCAACCAACUUCGAUCUACUUCUAGAUCCACCGCGAAUUCGUCCGCCACUCAAGAGCCACCGUCUAGCGGCGGUAGAUACCAACAGGCCUUCUCCAGCUACUCGGUGAUCAAUUCGAACACGUUGACGUUGAUGACUAGGAGAUUGGAGCAGCUGUUGACGGAAGAGAUGGCCGCUUUUACUACGACCGGUCAAGGGAGGCCAGGCAGCAGAUCAACGGCCACCAUUGAUUUGGGGGAGCAUAUACUGUCGUUGAGGUUGCACGGCUGCGUUUUGCGCAUGAACAGAGUGCUGGGUAACGGAGUGGGUUCCAGUUGGAUAGGAAAUUACAGGGCAGACCCCACAGCCGCCGUCACACAAGACGGAGUCUCCCGUUACAGCGCGCGACACACUUUGAGCCUCAUAAUCGACAGCAUGACUCGACACGUCGAAGAAUUGGGUAACUCACCCGUACCGCAAGGGUCGCAAAUGCACGCCGUUUUAGCAAUGUCGCUGCUUUUGACUGAACUGAUGCUGCUGGUCGUCGUUGAUUCGAUACCGCCACCCACUGGCGUCAAUUUGACAAACGAGAGAGUGUCGCUGACGUGUCGGAUAGAUAGAUUGUGCGGACAGAUGCUUCAGACCAGCAGGCAAUGCACCUACUCCCAUCAGUUGACGAGAAGUCUCAGAUUGAUGAAAAUGACAAUGAGACACGCCCAAAGCGCUUUAGGUCAAACGUACCACGCCAGACGGAGCACCCUGAUACCCAGACACAAUACAGACAGAAGAAUGUUACUCGGAUCGAUAAAUAGGUGCUUGAGAACGAUAAGGCGUCAACGACACGCCGACGUGUUAAAUACGACCGGCAACCAGGAUGGUAUGGGGCAAGAAGCGUCGAACGAUAACGCAGCGACAUCCACGCCUUUGAACAACACCGAUUGGUACUCUUCGGUGUCCGAUUUGAUAGCGCAAAUAUCGACGUCAAACAAUGAGGAAGAGUCGAGCAUCGCGGAUCCCCAGCCCUCGACUUCUAGAAGUUUCAUGCCGCCGGGGCCUCAUAACGAUGUUUCCAGUAAUAACGAUAACAGCGAUGAUGACGACGAUGAUACUGAUGCGUACAGUAUCGGCGGGGGCAGUAAUUUGUAUAGAACUAGUAAUAUUAAUUUGUCGCCAGGGGGGGAACAGGGCAGUUCGAAUUCGAUUUCGCCCCCAGUUACGCUGCAAUCGAGACCUUGGAACGUGCCUUCUGUCCAAGUAAACGACGUCCCAGUAUCAGACAUAAACGCCAUUCGUCAGCGUCUCCUCAACCAACGAUCCAGAUUCGCUGAACGCGUCGCCGAGCUGCGUUCCAAUUCCCAGAUGGGCGGUCUGUUCCGUCCCAGAUUCCUUCACCCUUUGUACGCGACCGUCAAUCCGUUCGACGCCGACUUGGACGAUUCCCAGAGGGAACAGAUCUACGAUAGCGAUAUGAUCACUACCGUGACGCCCAAUCACAGGAUACAAGCUUGGGACGUGAGCGAUUGGAGCGUGCCCAAUAUCGGCAGCCCGACAAGAAACUUGGUAGUAGGAGAAUGCAAGAUUCAUAAUGACGCCAGUGUCGAUAUAGCCAAAGAUGGUACCAUAUUGGUAACUCUACUACCUUCCGGCGGAUAUUUAAACGUUACAAAUCGUCUAGGAGUCUACAGCCUGAAGUGGGAAACGCUCGGCCAGUGCCUCUACACGACAUCAUUCGAACAAAACGCGGUUUCGGUUUCGCUGUCGCCCCUCAGUCGCCACCUCGUUGUCGGUCUGGCCAGCCGCAUAGUACCCAGUGACAGAUGGAUAAUGGCGCGCGUCUUCAAGAUCCACCAGAAGGACGAGCCGGGCGACAGGUUGCCCGUGAUUCGCGAAUUGGAACAGAACCGCGACAGUCGAAUCAACUGCAUCCGGUGGUUGCCUACGUCGGGACAGGGGUUGAUUUACGCCACGAAUACCGGACAAUUGGUGGUGUUGACGUAAGAGCAUCGUUUGAUUGGACAUUCGGUAGGAUUGAUUGACUUUGACUUGAUUAAGGGUUGGUUGCACUGUAAGAUGGAAUGUCGCCGGUAUUUUACCGGCCUGAUUGGUGAUGGUGACUGGAUUAAAUGCAGUUUUGUAGAAAUUCGAUGGUGUGGAGAUGAGAGUGCCUGAGUUUGGAUCGAGGUUUAAGCUAAAUAGUUCUGACAUUUUAAUUAUUACUAAUUAUUUUGUCAUCAGUUGGAGUGGUAGGGAACAAAACUAAGAAAUCGUUGACCUUUCUUAAUUUAUUUCGGUCGACUUUGGAGACUUGUUUUAGUUGAUAUCAUGGUGGCUUUACCAAAAAAAUAUAUUUUAGAUUAUUUUUAAGUAAGCGUGAACGAGUUUUGGGAGAUUCUCUGAAAUUAAAUAUUGUCAAAAUACAGUGGGAAUGCGCCUUUAUAACAACGUAAUUUUCUUAGAAAGAGAAAGACGUAGGUUUCAAUGUGAUAGAUAGAAAAAAUGUCUACACUUGACGUUUGUUUUAAUGUUUUUCAGUUUGACGUAAAUUUUAAUGUUGCGUUUUCGAAUUUUCGAUGUUUUAAUAUUUUCCCGUUUGUCUUAACGUUUUUUAAAAAUGGCGUGACUGUUGUAGCGGUUUUUCAAUUUGGGCGUACUGGCUACGUUUUGAUUGAUAUUUAUAUUUAUUUGACGUUUUUUUUUUAAACGUUUUGGCUCUACUUUUUGUCUAUUAAACCCUUUGAAUAACUAUUGACGUUUAUCAUAACGGUAUUCAAUUUUCUGUUUUAAGUUUUUUUCAGAAACGACUUCUUUUUUCCUACAUUAGCUAGAUAUUUCAACUUGAAUUUCUCAAUUUUGACGUUUUUCACUUUGGUAUGACAUUGUUGACAUUUUUCAGAUUUAAUUUGGCAAUUUUGACGUUUUUUAGCUUGUUUCUGGCACAUUUAACGUUUUUCACUUUGCUAUGAUAUUGUUGACAUUUUUCAUCUUUAUUUUGCCAUUUUUACGUUUAUUAUGUCAUUAUUUGCGUUAUUUAGUUUAGUAUGACAUUGUUGACGUUUUUCAACCUUAAUCUAGCAAUGAUGAUGUUAUCAUGGAGAUCUAGAUUUUUUGUCAGCGUGUAAUUUUUUGAUUGGCUUGACGUUAACUUAUUGGCUCGACUUUUUGUCUAUUAAACGUCUAUGUUACGUUUUUAACGAGAAAUAAACUCUUGGCACAAUAUCAAAACGUUUUUCAACUUUCUAUUCUUUUUACAGUUUUUUGAAGAAUGUCCACUCAUUUUUCCAACAUUAGCUUUUUUCCAUAUUUAUGCUUGAAAGUGAUAUCUUUGACACUCUAUAACUUUUCAUCUUUGUAUAUAGGUUGUUGACGUUUUAUCAACACGUUUGUCAACUUUACAUAUCACAUUGUUGACAUUUUUUAACUUUAAUUAUGGUAUUUUGACAUUUAUUUUAUCAAGAUAUUAUUUAACGUUAUUUACUUUGAUAUGACAUUUUUGACGUUUUUCAACUUUAAUCUGGUAAUUUCGACGUCUUUCACUUUGGUAAGACAUUGCUGGCGUUAUCAUGGCGACUUUACGGUUUUUCCAGGAUUUCCCACUUAUUUUUCCAUGUUUGUAAUGGAGUUUUUCAUUUUUAUACUCUGACCCCUAUCAAGACGUUUUUCAACUGUCUGCGUGUAAUUUUUUAAGUUUGGCUUAUUUUUUUUAAUUAUAUACUUCGAUAAAACGUCAUUAUCAUUUUUUCCUUUUGAUUUGAUAUUUUAAAGUUGUCUCUCUCUAAUACAUUAAAUCUUACAUUUUUCUCUUUUUAACAAGUCGAAAUAGCUUUUAAUGUUUUCCCACUUAAUUUUGACAACGUAACUGUUAAUAAUUUCAUAUUUUUCCUUAAAUUUCGCCAGUAAAAUAUUUAUUUAAUAUGAUUGACUGUAUUUUUUUAAUAUUCCGCUGCACGUUUAAAGAAAAUGCGCGGAAAUGUUUCUAGGUGAAUGUGCAUUAUGUAAAUAAAUAUUAAAUAGAAAAAAUCUUGUUAAUAAUGAGUAUAUCGAUAAUAAUAAAUAUUUUGAGUCUGUAUUUUUUAGGUAUCCAUGCGUACCUGAUUGAAUAUCAAACAAAAAUCAAAUAUUCUUUAUUUCGUGCGCUAUUUGAUCAUUAUUUCGAUAAGUGACAAAUGACAACGUAGGUGACACUUUGACGUUGACAUUGACAGAUGACGGCUUGCAAUCUGAUGUACAUUUUUAUUCAUUUACGAGUUUCGAAUGCUUGAAAGGCUUUUUACUAAAUAUAGAUAUAUUUUAAUUGUAUAAAAAAAAAGAAUGACCUUAAAGGCGGUAUUUUUUCGGAAAUGAUUCUAAUCUGAAUGAUUGAUUAUGUUCGUUGUACUAUUUAUUGUAAAUAUUUUUAGUUAGUUUUUUCGAACGGGCCCCUUAUAAAGUGAUACUCGUCUAGUAAUUUCUUAUUCUGUUUUAAUAUUUCAUUUUGUUGAUUAUCGAAAUAAUUAGGUAACCGAGAAAAUAACUCUCCCUUUAACGCCGUUUUGGAAGUUCUUUUCCAUUUCUGAUUUUUUUUUUCCUUUUUUGACUGAAUUUGUGUGCAUAUGAAAAGUAUUUUUUUCAUAAAAAAUUGUUGAUAGUGCUUAUUUGUAUAUAUUCAAUAAAUAUUUAAGUUAGAA